AUGGACCACAUACCCACGCCGGAGCACCCUUUCCGACCCAUCCAUGUGCCUUGGUUGGGCGGAAGCCAGAAAUUGAAAGUUAAUUACGAGUAUGAUUCCAAGGGAUUUCUCGAUUUCCCUUCGCGGCAUGGCUGGAGUACGCAGAGUCUCCAGGACGCCAAUUUCGAGGGCAAGAACGCUGCGCAAACAGCUGCCUUCCUUCAGGAAUGGCUCUACUUUGGAUUAAUCAGUUCCGUAUUCCAGAUUUGCGGUAUCUCUUUCAACAGGCACGAUUUCAUACGACGGACGUCGGGGCUCAAGUACAGAGCCUUCGUUACCACGAGAACGUUGGGCAAGAAGUUGCAACAAUGGUACGACAAAGAAAAGUAUGGCCCAUCGUCUACAAAGUCGGAGCACGAACAAGACAUCAGGUACAACUUCACAUUUGCCUCGGGAGUGUUAGAGGCGUUCAAUCGCAAACUACGAUCCGCCGGCGACAAUGUUGAAGAAGCGACAUAUCUGCGCAACUGUCUACCCGGAGAGGCCGAACUCUCAGUUGUCGUUUUACUGGCCACGAUCCAGUACUUUCACAUGGUCAUAUAUGACCCUCCAAGUAGACUGGUGGUCCCUACCUGCCCGUGGCUCUCGUCGCUGAUGGUGAGCGAAGGCUGGUGUGCGGGGCAAGUAACCAAAUUGUGGAGGCGCCAUAACAAUGUCUUGACCAUGUAUUACUUCAAGAUGCUGGGUCCGCCGACGGUGAAGAAAGACCAUUCCCGUUGCUCAGCAAGACGGUGCGCAGCCAAUGAUGUCCUAGAAGACAUAUAUGUCACGGCGCAUUUCCCGAAGAUGAUUACGAAACGUAUGAAUUGCAGAUGUGGUGGCCACAUGGGCCCGCCGAGCGAUAAACUUGUUGCCAUAAUAAAGGAUGGGAAGAUUCCGAUCAUCUCGGUCCGGUGUCCAACUACCACUCAGAACGGGAAAUGGGAUGAUUCCUUAGACCUUAGGGUCAUCGCGUAUACCGGAGAUACUCCAUACGUCGCGAUAUCCCACGUCUGGUCUGACGGAUUGGGAAAUCCCAGAGCAAAUACCCUCCCGAUUUGUCAGUUGAAGGCGCUUAGGACGCAGCUACAAUACAUGAUACUCACGAACCCAGAGUACUUUGACGAUAUCUUUCCCGAAGGCUUGCAUAUCCACAAAACGGCCCGUCUAGAGCGACUUCAUUUCUGGAUCGACACUCUUUGCGUCCCCGUCAACAAUCUCGAAAUGAGAAAGAAAGCUAUUCUGGACAUGCGCAAUGUCUACGAAGCGGCAUCCGCUGUCUUGGUUAAAGAUGCCGAAUUGAAUGCGCAGAGCCGGUACUGCCCUCUCGAAGAAGUCAUGGCCCGCGUCUGCGUGUCUCCCUGGUGUGGACGACUGUGGACUCUGCAAGAAGGAACCUUGAACGACAGGGUCUUCGUACAGAUGUCUCACAAAGAGGUUGUCAUGCUUGAUGACCUAAACGAGCCGACGCGCUCGCUUGUUCUGCUCUCAGAUGAGUUACUCGAUGCGGAGUCGGCUGAUCUGAUCGAGCCCAUUUCCGGGUCUCUAAAUGGCGACCAUAACGGGGGACCGGGGCACAUGGACUUUGCGGCAAAGUUUGCAGCUUGUCCGUCGGCUAUUCUGUCAAUGAACGUCCUCCCCGGCAGCAUCGGAUCUAAUCCCAUUUCGCGGCAAACAAAGGCAGAAUUGUUUUUGCAAAUCUUGACUGAGGUACAAUGCAGGGAAACCAGCAAAGCCUCCGACGAAGCAAUUUGCAUCACGACCUUGUUGGACGCAGGAGUUGAAGACGUGCUUAGGGAAAGCACUCGUGACAGACGGUGGACCGUCUUCUUAUCAGUUGUCGAGGAUAUUAUUUCAGCGCGAAUUAUCUUUGCCAGUUUACCUAGGAUGACCCUAGAGGGAUACAACUGGGCGCCGCGGACAUUUUUGAGCUGCGCCGCCGGGCCGGAGCUCGUAAGAGUGGUCAAUGUCCAUGGCUUUGACCCAGGAAAUCAGGAGCUCCAACAAGACUCGGACAUUGAAGAGCCAAAUCACGCGCGACAAGUUUCCAGACCGGUCCGCAUCGGCGAACGCGGGCUGAUGGUCGCCUUCAUGGGGCUCACAUUUCAGCCACUCGCGAAUCCUCUAUCGCCGGAGUUUUGUUUCACAGAGGACGAUGGCAACGUUACUUAUUGGUGCGUUACGGAAUAUUCUCCAGUUCAUUUUGAAGCAUACUUUGAGGGGACUGCUUUUCUGCGCGAGGAGUCCUGGGACAUGGCCAAACCGGGGGCGCCUUCACGGCUGUCAGUCGUCCUUGAGAAUCACUUUUCGGACCCAACUGCACCGGUCCGGGGAGCGCUGUUGACGAACUGUCGCGAAGAGGCCAAUGUGGUGUACGGAAGGUAUCUGUGUCUUGUUCUUGUUAUGCGGACCACAAAAAGCUACCAGCCGCCGGCGUUUGAAUUGGCCAAGGAGAAAAUGGUACAAAACACGGACCACGCCCAGUGGGAAUUGGCCGUGGAUGCGAAAUUUGGAGGGCAACAAGAGUGGUGCAUUGCGUAG